AUGGAAAGGAAAAGGAAAUACACCACCACAAAGGUUUGUGAGAAAGUACGGGCAGUUGAGCUGCUAAACAAAGGAGAAACCCUGAAAUCAGUGUCAACGAUGUUCAAAGUUGCAAAAUCGACAAUUGUUCGAGAAUAUUUGAGGAGCAAGCAACUACCUGAAAAGGCAAUACUUGUCCUUGACAAUGCUCCAGUCCAUCCAAAUGAAAAAGAACUUGUUUCGGGAGAUAUCAAGGUAGUUUAUCUACCACCUAACAUUACAUCCACAGUGCAACCUAUGGAUCAAAAUGUUUUGGAAAGCAUGAAGAAAAUAUACAAACGAAAAUUCUUGGAGUAUCUGUUAAAACAUUUGGAGAAUAAUGAAGAAGUGGGAGAUGCACUGAAGAAAGUCAAUAUUCUGAAAGUGAUUAAAUGGAUUGCAGAGGCAUGGGAUCGAGUGACACCCUACACAAUCGCCAGAAGUUGGAAGGGCAUUUUCCAGGAUACAUUCCAACCGUCUCAAGAAACUGAUUUACCAUGUAAUGACUUAUUGCAUUUGUAUAAUCUGGUGAACCGACUUCAGCCAGUUGGUGAAAUUAUCAAUAUGAGUGAUAUCCAGGACUGGGCACGCGAUGACCAAAUAGAAUUUAAUGAAGACGUCGUCGUUGAUAUCAUUAGAGAUAAUUUUGCCGCCGAAAAAAAUUAUGAUGCCCAACAAGAUGAGCCCAAUGAUUUUCCCAACGUUGAAAAUGAAAAUGAGGAAAUCAUCUCUCAUGCGCAAGCCUUCAAGGCUUUGACAACUGUACUGAGGUACGUAAUACAAGAGAAUGAGAGCCCAGACACAAUCCAGAGGGUACGGAGGAUCCAGGAAAAAGUGAAGCAGAAAAUACAUUAA